AUGCCCCCGAAGGUGCUGCCCCCCGUGGAGCUCGCGCUGCCCAAGGACUUUGACCAUGAGCAGCCCUACGAGCGGGACCGGAAGCGCAUGGCCAUGGUCACGCAGCGCGACAAGGUGUCGCAGCACAUCUACGACGACGACCGCCAGCGCCUCGAGCGCCUCAUCGGCUUCAACAGCAAGAACGAGAAGGAGCCGACGCUCGUCGAGCGCUACCCCAAGGAGUGGGCCGAGCUCCACACGCCGCAGGAGAAGCUCGACUACGAGGCGCGCAUGCGCAAGUACAAGCCCAUGGAGUUCUUCACGCCCUACGGCAAGGAGUGGCACCGCCUGCACAAGCCCGACCGCGGCGUCUGGCGCGCGCCGACGCCCCUCUACGACGAGAUCACGAGCCGGAGCGCCGUCAUCCCCGACGAGACGAAGCUGCGCUUCGACACGACGCUCGCGAAGAAGCGCCAGUCGUUGCGCCAGCUCGCGGCGCAGAAGUCGAAGCAGUUCUCCGCGGCGUCGAAGCUCUACAUCGAGGACGCCAAGUACAAGGCGGGCGUGUUGCGCGCGACGCUGAGCACGCCGAAGCGGGACGACGGCCCGCGCGGCCGCGGCGCGAUCCGCCUCCGGAGCCCCGCGAAGGCGCCCCCGGGCGCCGACGGCGCGGCGUCGCCCGACGCGAAGCGGCCCCACACGGCACCGGCCAAGCACGGGGCCCGCGGCGACAAAGCCCUGGCGCUCUGGGGCCAGGAGGCGACGGAGCAGGACGUCCGCGCGAAGACGCCGCAGUUCAAGAAGAGCUUCUUCAAGCUGCCGGGCUCCAACAAGACCCCGGUGAAGGACGAGGACAAGCCGAAGACGGGCGCGCGGACGACGGUCGCCAAGCGCCUCUUCAUGAAGAAGACCAUCGUCAAGCCGAGGCGCGAGGGCGCGGCCGUCGUCGGCAUCGACGACGGCUCCGACUUCGCGGCCGGGUCCAUGGCGACGCUCCUCCCCGACGAGAGCUCCUGGCACAGCAGCCUCGGCAGCCACGGGAGCCUCGGGAGUAAGAAGAAGACAUAG